GGCGACCAUCAACAAGUAGGCUUUUGUGGUCGCUUUAUCAGUUUACUCAGUCUAGCUGUAAUCUGUUCACAGCCUUUGAAAACGGCUGCGUUUGUCUGCUACAUCAUUUACAGUCCAGUGGUGAGUUACACGAACGGAAAUUGGCGCUUUGUAUCAAGUACAGAAAAAACUGGCCUCCUUAAGAAGUUCGCGCUGACCGCUCAGCGAGGGGAAAUUCUCUGUACAGGCUGGCUGUGAGUUCAAACACUCUACUGGAAGUGGGCAUUUUUCUGUUCCUUGUGUUGGGAAGCGGUCAGCUUUGGUUGAAUUAAGCAGCCCAUGAGGGAGAAGAGGAGCUGAGCGGAGUCCGCUGGGAUUUUCAGGCUGAGGAGCAGCAGGAGGGAGGCAGCAGCUCUUCGCCCAGAGAGAUGGCACACCGAGGGGGCAUUUCUACAGACCUCUGCAGACCUCUUCCCCUAGCCUUCCUUGCUUUGGUGGUGAUUGUGGUGGUCAACAUUGUUGGAGCAACAGAGCAGGACGAGUUCAACGCAGAGUCAUGGCUGAGGACCUACGGCUACCUGUCCCAAGCCAGCAGACAGAUGUCCACCAUGCAGUCGGCGCAGAUUCUGUCCAGUGCUAUCAAAGACAUGCAGCGCUUCUAUGGCCUGCAGGUCACGGGCCAGAUGGACGAAGCCACUGUGAAAGCUAUGAAGCGCCCACGCUGCGGAGUGCCUGACCGCUUCGAGGAGUCGAGCGAAGGAAGUGUCAGGCGAAAGCGCUUUGCUCUGACUGGACAUAAGUGGGAUAAAGACAAACUAACUUACAGCAUUCAGAACCACUCCCCCAGAGUCGGCCAGCAGCAGUCCUACAAGGCCAUCCGGAGAGCCUUCCGUGUUUGGGAGAAAGUGACUCCCCUACGGUUUGAGGAGAUUCCUUACCAUGACAUUAAAAACGGCAGCGAAGGGCCUGAUAUUAUUUUGCUCUUUGCCUCCGGGUACCAUGGAGACAUGUCUCUCUUUGAUGGUGAAGGAGGGUCACUGGCUCAUGCAUUCUUCCCUGGUCCUGGGAUGGGAGGGGACACACACUUUGAUAUGGAUGAACCCUGGACACUCAACCAACAGGAAGGAACAGGCGUUGACCUGUUUUUGGUUGCGGUUCAUGAGUUGGGUCAUGCACUGGGUCUGGAGCACUCUAAUGACCCCUUGGCCAUCAUGGCUCCCUUCUACCAGUGGAUAGACCCAGAGAGCUUCUCCCUGGGCAAAGACGACAUCAACGGGAUUCACCAGAUCUAUGGCCCUCCUGAGAUACCAACUAACCCGCCAUUGCCCACCACUACUACCUCACAUACUACCACACCUGAGCCGGAGCCCACAACCACCAUGACCCCCACAACAACCACCAGACCCCCUCGAAGACCUACCCAGCCAUGGGUUGCUCCAGCCAUCCCUACUAGACGGCCCCACAGACCCAAACCCACUAGCCGUUCAGACCAAGAUGCCCCAGACAUCUGUGAAGGGGAUUUUGACACAGUGACCAUGCUGAGGGGUGAAAUGUUUGUCUUCAAGGGUCGUUGGUUCUGGCGUGUCAGGCGGAAUCGAGUUCUAGAUAAUUACCCCAUGCCUAUUUCUUUCUUCUGGGUGGGACUGCCUGAGGACAUAGACGCUGCCUAUGAACGCCACGAUGGGAAAUUUGUGUUUUUCAAAGGCAGUCAGUACUGGCUCUUCAGGGAAGCUGAUGUGUUGCCUGGCUAUCCUCAGGACCUGUUUCGCUAUGGUCAUGGUAUGCCUGACAGAGUGGACACAGCUGUGUGGUGGGAGCCCUCCGGCUACACCUACUUCUUCAGAGGAGACAGAUACUGGCGUUUCAGUGAAGAGUCACAGGCUGUGGAUAAAGACUACCCCAAACACAUCAGCGUUUGGGGCUCCAUCCCUGCCUUUCCUAAGGGGGCCUUCCUCAGCGAUGACGGAGUGUACACCUACUUCUACAAAGGCACCAAAUACUGGCGAUUUGACAACAAGCGAAUGAAGAUUGAUCCAGGCUACCCUAGAUCCAUCCUAAACGACUUCAUGGGCUGCCGGGUUGACUUUGAUGCAGGUCCAGAUACACACAACCAGUGGCCGGAGACGGGAGACCGGGAACAAGACACCGACGACUACAAAGACGACGUCGAUGAUGUCGGUGGCGUCGAUACCCACAAUACUGACGAUGAUGGGAAGAAGGAGGUAGAUGAGGUGUUUCCGGUGAAAGAGACUGAUGACCACGUCAUGACGCUCAUCUUGGUGACUGUGCCUUUGAUCCUGGUGCUGUGCAUUCUGGGAGUGAUUUACGUCAUCAUCACCACACUGCAGAACAAAGAGACGCCCAAAGUGCUGGUUCACUGUAGACGUUCCUUACAGGAGUGGGUGUGAUGCGCAACCUUCUCAAACACUCUCGCUGUUCAGUGUCUCCUCUUUCAGCACGUACAGUUUUCUCAGCGAAACUCACUCCUUGCCUUCUCACAACGGUGGUGCUCUACCCCAUUCAUGACUCUGUUCUCAACUGAGAAUUUGCACUUUCAUGUCUUUUUUUGUGGUUUUAUCAUGUGUUUAGUGUUUGGUUCUAUUCUGUGUUGUGUGCGUUAGAGGUCUGCUGCCUGACCCGAGCCAGAGGGGGCCAGAGUAUAGGGUUUUUCACAGGCUCAGGUUAGGAUUAUUUUCUAAUGAGAUUUUUUUUUUUUAAGGAAUAUGCCUACAAAAUUCCCUACACAUGUUCUCUUCUUCCACUCUCUCUCGUCUUGGAAUAGUGCUCUGGAGUUUAAGGAGUGGGUGAACAUGCCCCUGAAUGAAACUGGGGGAAAAGUUGAACUGUAGAUCAGUCUCAGUCACACCAUGGAUGAUGUGUUGGGUUAGUGGUUGCUGCAGAUAAGUUCACCUGAAGUUUGUAGCAGCAGAAGAGAGAAACUUUAGAGCAGUGGGGCUAACAGGUGAACAGAGGACGUUGGAUGCUGUUCUUUGCCAGGUAUGAUCAGCAGAUAAUACCAAAAUAUGUUGGUAUUAAAGACUGGUAGUGUAUAACAGAUGUGUAAAAUAUAGGGAUGUGCACAGGUACUCAAGUUAACCAUUCGAGGUGCCAGAAUUCCAAUACUGAAUACUUGUUAUGUUUCAGCGCUGGAGGAUGGAGUGAAUUUACAGACCCAGAAUGUUUAAACAGAUCUGUAGGCCAAGAUCUGUUUUGUGAGUAAAUCCGUUAUACUUCGCUACUCCUGAACACAAGUGCCUUAAGGUGGGCGCGUUGCCAAAGAUGUAACUGAGAAGCCUAAAUCUCAAAUGGUUAGUGCACUGCACAGGCCAUGAAAGAAGGCUUCUACACACAGAUACUGCUCUAAAUGUUACAUAGGGAGUCGUGCGGCUAAUGGAUGAAUAUUAAUGGCUUUCUAUUCGACAUAUAAUUUACUCUUUGGGUGACCUACACAUUGCACUACAUAGGGCCAUUUGAGAUUCAGCCAGAGUGCUGCUUUUAUCACUAACUAGGCUAAGCUGAUGUUGGGUACCAGAACAACAAUAAAAAUUUGUCUGUUGGCACUUCAUUCAAGCUGAAAAAAACACCUGUAGACGAUGAUGAGUAUCUAACGGCAUCCGGCGUUGAACCCGUUAGUUGUGGUUUUAGGCUGGUUUUACUUGGUGAAACUUUCAUGCAGCUAGUUGCAUGUUGUAAGCCGUCAGCAGCAUAAUUUCCCUGCAACUUGACAGUAAUUUAAAAACAAAGUUACAUGCAACACAAUAGUCUCCUUUCCAUCUGCUCAAUAAACCAUGAAAGUCGUUUGAGAAUGAUGUGCGAUGUGAUAGUGAUGCGUUGUUGCUGCCUUAAUUGGCUGUUUCAUGAAACUUGGUCCACAAAGUUGAGAUGCUUGCAGUUGUUGCAUCCGAGUUUCAAAUGAGUUGCAGGUCGCUUUACGUUAUGCAGUUUAUUUUUGUGUAGGUUUCAAGCAACUAAAGUUAGCCUUAGCUCAUUAGCUCAUCUGAGGCAGUCUCUGUUAUGUUACUUCUCGGACACGAAAACUUACCGAUAUCCCUUGCCUGUUUUUUAAUAAUAAAACGUUUCGAAAUGCAUUCCUCUGUGUGAGGAUAAAUUUUUGUGCAACACCAGUGCUGUCACUUCUUUAAGUUCUACAUUAAUUUCAGCUUUUUGGAUCGGGCUCGGGUUUCAGAUUCAGCAGUUCAAAUCGGGCCUGUUCAGGUCAAGCCUCAAAGCCGCGGGUCGGGUUCUGGCUUCAAUUUCAUGCCCUUGCAGACCUCUAGUGCAUAUGUGCAUUUACGUGUUUAUGUCUUGUCUAUGUGCAUAAAUCAGACCUUCUGUUUCCCUAAUGAGCCCAAACUGUGGGAAAGUUGGAUGUGUUGAGCAAUUUCUUUGUCAGCAAAUUUCUCUCGGUUCCCUCUAAAUAGCCUCAAGCAAGAUGCUAAAGUCUAACUUUUGAGGAAAGGACAUGGUUAAAAUAGUUUGGCUUAAUAAAUAGAAUUGCACAUACUUAGAAAGUUUACUGUCUGUGCCUAUGGGCCAAGCUUGGCUUACAUUGCACAGAUGUUGCUGAUUUGGGGCUUUGGAAAGAGAGAGACAGAGAGAGGAAGAGAGCAAGAGAAAGCGAGCGAGGGAGGGAGGCAGAAGAUGGGGGAAGGGGCUUCUUAGCCAGCUAGCAUUUCCUUCUCUUCAGUUCCAUCGAGUUUGCCAAACCAGGGGGUGGAGGAGGGGAGCUGAAGCUGGGGCGUGGCCCUACUGUCACCGUGACCUACAUUAGCACGGCCUGCAACUCUUUCUUAUGGAUUUCUCUCUCUUGAAGAGGGGGAGAAAAGUCUGCCUUCCAGUGGAACGUUGUUUUCUCUGCCGUGUUUUAACCACAGGCUCCCCUUCCCCAGAGCCUUUGUUUAUGAGAAGCAUUCCGGCCUUGGCUUUCUGUCCACUAGUGCAGGCUGAGCCGGGGCUGCUGUGAUAGGGCUCGCUAUGUUUCACAUGGAGCUCUUUGUUUUUACUGAGCGAAGGCCCAGACAUCAUGGGCUUUCCUGCUAUUCGGCCAAACAAAUUUGUGCAGUUUCAGCAGAAAAUUCAUUUGUCUGUCAGUGCCUUGAACAUCGGCCUUUAAUGUUUAAAACCUGGUUCUUUGUACUGUGUUUUUAUGAAUGUGUUUUUUCUUCUUUCUUAAACUUCUUUGAUUAAUGGACAAAAAGAAAAAUGCUUUUUUUUUUUAAAAUGUUUGAUUUACAUUAGCGUUGUUUUGUAUUAACAAUUAAUUGACUGGAUCAUGCAGGGCAUGUAUUGCUUUUUUGUACACAGGUAGCCUAUUAUAUCUUGCUCAUAAUAAAAACAGGUUGUACCAGAAAAGUAACUGAAAA